AUGAGGUGGUUGGAGGGGUAUAAUGAGGAAGUUGAAAGGAAGACAAGAGGAGUGACCGAUGGAUUAUCUGCACUUAUAGACAGUUUCUUCAAGAAGGUUCUAGAGCGUCAGUCCAAGAGCCUCGAGGAGCAACUUCGGGAGUGGACCAAGGACGUGUCACAAAUAUUUCGUGACGCUGGCACUGUAGAAACAAAAAUUAAUCUCCUCGAUAGCUCACUUAAACACAAACUAGUUGUAGAGUUACGUACGCUAAAAGACGCCGUUAAGAUGUUGCUCGAGAGUGCCGUGAAUCGUGAGUUGUUCAGUCACGUGAGAUUUGUAGACAGAACACUGAAGCGGCAAAGAGAUAAAAUUGAAAACGCAAUUAAAGCCAGAUCGGCGGAACUUGAAAAAACCUUAGAGGAGCGAAAAAGUAAAUUGCACAGCCAGAUUGAGGAUGAAUGUAAAAGUGUUCAGAGGACGGCGGUGGAGGAGUUUGAUAAAAAUUUUACGGGAAUCCAGAUGGUAAGGGAGACAUGUAGAGGACAAAUUGCGUUAAUUAGAAAUACUGUGAAUGAUGCCAAGAAGACGGUCGGCAAAUACAUCAAGAAAUUUGAUGAUGCGUAUAAAGACGAGAUUCUCCACACCUUUAAUGCUAUAAAAGCAAAGAUAACGAGCAUUGAUCCAACGAAUGAGUACGCUGGAGCCGAAGGCGGAUGUUCAAUACUUUACAAAGAUUUCGUUGACGUUAGAACACAAUUUAUAAGUAUUAGGGAUAAUUUGGGAGGUUAUGUCAAAGAGUUGGAAAAGUGGAUUACGGAGGCUAUGACAGAUAUUAAUUCUGCGCAUAAAGAGAUUGAGAUCAUACUGAACGAGGCUAAGCAAAAUGGUUCGAAUAGAAGAACAGUGGAAAACGCCGCAACUCAAUUAAAACUUAAUGCGGAAGCGCUUUGGAACGCUGGGAACAAUGUUAACGUGCAAAUUGGAAGUUUGGUUAAUAAUGCGAAGAAUGCGAUUCCAGAGCUGGAAAAUGUCUAUAAAAAGAAAUUGUGGAAAGUGAAAACCGAUGUGGAAAUUGCGGUUGGGAAUGAUGGUGAUACGUCCAAGGGAAGUGUCUUGGAACGUCUCGACGAUCUUGACAAGAAGGUUAAAAAAGAUUUGUACAACGUGAGAGAGAAAAUUAAAAAACAGUUGGAGGCUUAUAUCGCCAAAUUGAAAGGUGCGUUGGAAGUCGGAAUACAGGGGGCUACGGAGGUUUGGGGUGGUACCGAAGGUGUGGAAAAGAUUAAGAAAAUUUUGGAAAGAGGAAAUGUGCAUGAUCUGCUUAAUGAUAGUUCAUCCACUGGCUUUGCGAUCAGACUUGAAAAGGCGCUUGAAGCUAUUAAUCACUAUACACGGCUGAAGGCGCUUCAAUCAGAUGUUCCAAAAAUUGUUGAAGCACUCACGAACGACAUCAACUUGGAACUUACAAACGAGAUACCGGGCACUGAUAGAGAUUACGAGACUGCAAUAAACUUUGAUAAGCCACCACAAGGCGGCCUGAUGCACGAAUAUAGAGAGGAGACGAAAACGGAAGCAGAGAAAGGCAGACUUAGAUCCUUAAUUAAGGCUCUGAAAAUAGGACCUUUUCAAGAUAUUAAAAACAUCGGGAGUGAAAUAACCAUAGACGGUCUUGAACGUGCUGACUCUUAUAAUAAACUCAAGGAUACAAUUGGCAUUAUAAAAGGCCAAGUAACCACCACACUAUCACAAAUCGGCAAUCUAAAGGCUCAAGCUCAACAAAAUCACCAACAGAUUACUGAACAUCUUGGGAAAUUGUUCGGUGUCAUUCAAGGAGCUAGUGAGGCUGUCAAAGUGUACGUUGAUAUAUUGAAAGGUGAUAGAAUCGAUAACCGACUGGGAAAGGGAAUCAAAACCAGAAUCAAUACUCUACAAAGCGAGACAUUGAAGAAAGGCAUUGAGGACGCUAACAACAAGAUCCUUGACAAAAUAAGAAUGUUGGAAAAGGUACCCGAUUUGGUUGACACAGAAAGAAAAGAAGUUGACGAGAUGAUGGACCAACUAAAAAGUGAAUUCGUUAAACUUCAAGAUGAAAUCCGCACUAUUGAAACUAAGGUUAAUGACGCUUCAGCAACCAUAGAAAAUGGCAUGAAUGAUCUGGACCAAAUUGUUCGCGGAACUAAGAAUGAGCUCAAUAGAGUCGUUGACGUUUUAAAAAAUGUCCUUUUGGAUGAUGUCACAGAAGCCUUCAUCGCCGCGCAGCAAUCCGUGUCAUACCUCAAACGGGAUCUCCUCAAUACAACUGAAAAGGCCUUCGAAACUGUGACUUCCGCUGUCCGGAAAAUGUUUACAGAUCAGCAUAUCGCCGACCUAACAGCAUUGCAGAGAUUAGCUGUCAGGCAACAAUCCGAAAUCGAACAAAUCGUGUUCACAGACAAAAUGACUGGCGUCAAGGGGUUGAUGAACGCUUUGAGCAGUAACCUUGGAGAGUACAUCGAUGCACUCAGGUAUCCAGAUGUAGCAAAAUUCUCCACCGCCUUCAACAACUACCUCUCCCCCCUCCUCUCCUACACCAUCGCACAGGUCAAGACGCCGGGCAAGGCGAAGAAGGGAGAGAAAGUAGACAGUGAGGAGUCCAAGAAAGUUCAAGAAAUUCAGAAGGCCGUCGACAAAUUACUCUCCCACCUCUCUGCAUCUGACAAACUAUACAACUUCGACUAUGCUUUCCAACAAAAACUCUCCGCACUAACCGACGCAGUCAACGCCCUGCACGCCGACAAAUUCGCCGGCCACCAGAAUCCCGAAUUGCUCGACGCGCUGAAGAAAGGGAUGCUUGGCGUUACCGGCGAGUUGAAACACGCGUACGUUAAUAGGUAUGAUAGUCAGAAAUUCACGGAAAACUUAGUCGACGCUAAAUAUGAACUAACCCCCUCAAAUAAUACCACAAUCAUAACGCUGAGGGAUUAUGGUAGGAAGUGUUCUAAAGUAUGUGCCACAGUCCUUUUUAUAUUGUUCCGAGACAUGAGGAACCUCCGAAAGCGCUGCCCAGAAAAGUGGACGUCUAAUACUAUAUAUUCUAAUACCGGCCUUGGAACAUUCCUCAAGAACUCCGGUUACAGGGUGUCCAAUGAAAAUGAUGGCCACGACGGUGAGUUGAGGAACAAGUCGAAGUUAAAGGGUGAGCAUAUUUAUGAUCUUAUGACGAAGCAACACGGCCAGAGUAGUCAAACGUACAGAAUCGUUGACGACUAUGAUGACUAUGUAGACCAGACGAGUGUACAAAAUUACAGUGUCCUUAAGAGGCUUUACAACAACCUCGAAUGUUACAACGAGGUGUGUCACCAUUACAUCCCGGAAAAACCCAAGUCACCGUCUAACAUCUACCAGAUGCUCCAGUGGUGUAGUGGCUUGCAAUACAAUUACAUGUUUGAGAAAGUUUGUGAUUAUUUGAUGGAACUGUUUGGCAAACCUGACGGGUAUAAAGAUUCGAAGUAUUCGGAUAUACCCAGUGCACUACUGAAAUUAGAUGCUCAUCCGGAGACAAUCACCUAUAGUAGCUUAAUAACAUUGCUUAAGAAAGUAUGCCAAAACGCAAGAAAACCGCUGAUCGCCGUGCUUGGUUACGGCCAUGCUGACGGUGUAUAUGCCGUUGAUCACUUUAAUAACUCGAGUAAUCUAUCGUAUCCCAGUAGCGCUGCUGUAUGUUUUGAUAUGCUCUUAGAUAUAUUGCAAAGACUAUACCAGCAACUUUACUUCGUAUUGACGCAGUGCCUCCGUGGCAAAAGCACCAGCGGCUGGCGUGACUGUCACUACGGCCGGCACGUCGGUGGGUCCAGCUGGCGGUGUAACUACCUCCAAUGUGCUGACCAAACAUGUAACCAAAAGCACAACCAAGCGGUCAAGCAAACAGCCAACCAACACAGUGACUGCGGACUGAAAUCCCCUUUCCAAUCUUUUCUGGAAGAUGGUCUACAAGGCUUCUUGUCUCAUUCAAUUACCUCUCCUGGUUGCAAAUUAACUUGCUCAGUUACCAACCACCGAGGCAUCCCGUGCAAGACUCCGAUGGGAUUUGGGGAGAUCAGCACAAUGGCGUCACAAACACAGAAAGGUGAACGUCUUAUGAGAGUGCUUCGUGAUUUAUGCGGUGAUUCAGAGAAGCCUCUUAGCAAACUAUGUGGUUACUUAGUGUGCCUUACGCAUCGUGCUCCACAAAACCUUGGUGACAUGUUUGCGUUUUACCAGGGCUUCAUCAUGGAUUACACUGGUGGCUUUUAUGGAAACAAAGAAUCGCCGGUGCAUACGCAAAGAGCACUUAAGGACGCCGUUACCGAAGCCUACUUCGGUCAAGAACAUCCCUUUGAUCCCAGCCCGUUGUAUGGUAGUAUUGGUCACGUAGAUAGCGACAUAAAGGGUGAUUUGUACAGCAUAUCAACCUGCACAUCUGAUUCAGUAAAUUCAUGUGGGCUCUUUGUUCAACCACUAACAUUAAAUAUCUACCGCAUAUUUUCAUCCAAGCAUAAAAGCAAUUACUUGUCGUGGAUCGUCUACUUGACGGAGACGUUUUACGACUUGCUUAAGAAAUUGUUCGACGAGUGCGAUGCUAAAUGCGGUGCGAAGGGAUCCAAUUGCCACAACAAGUGCUGUGUUAAGAAGUGUCCAGUGUCCUCUAAAACAUCAACGCCAUGUAACCAUGAUUCAGAAUGCCGCUCGAUUGUUAAAUGCCAAAACACACUUCCGACACUGUAUAGACAUGGUUUCACAUAUGGCAACGCAGAAAGCCUAAAUGGUGAAUAUGGCGCAGGAAAGAAACGCACAUGUAAGGAUUUCUGCAAGGCGCUGAAAAACGUUCUCAAUGAAGAUAAAAACGUUGAAGCUCCACUUGCCAAAUUAAUAUACGUCACCAUACCAGAUUUCCUCUGGAAAAUAAGGGAACCAUUCUCCCUAACAUUGUUAGCCCUCUGGUCGCUGUCGCUCCUGUACCUGCUGCACAUCGCCGUCGUCCGCCUCGACGUCCUGAGGAUACGCUCCCACCUGAGAUCGCCGUCAAGCCACCGCAUCGCCGCGCAGUCCCUCCUCGCCGCCGCAAGAGUCAAGGCACUCGGCAACGUCAAGUACUUCUCACCAUGA